AUGAAUCUUCUUCACUGCUGGAAAGUGCUGUUGCUCUUCUUGUCUCUGCUAGCAAAAGUCUCGUCCAGCAGCCACUUGCGAACGUCAGCACAUUUCCCGGAAGGACGACGACGACGACUGGAGAACGACAAUAACAACAACUACUAUGACGGUCAAAACGAGUACUACUCACAAGUAGUAGAGACCUGUCAAGAUUUGAUCGUUCAAGUGACGAGUAUUCAGACAGUGUGCGAUUCUCCCCAGACGUUCUACUACGGCUCUGGUGUUCAUCGGAACUCGCCCACUUGCAACCUAGGAGACAAGGCUACCACCACCGUGUAUUUUGACGUUUCGGAAAACUUGGAGAAUACCAACAUUUACGUCGUUCUGUCCGUCUACGCUGGAUACGGCAACGAUAUUCUCACUUCCUCCAGUCCCAAGAAUCUUCAAAAGUAUGUGGGAUACUCCUGCAACGAAGCCGGAUCCUACAGUUUCACCUACACGACUACCUUGGGAUCUUCCAGUUCGAGCAGUAGUAGCAGUAGCAGCAACAGCUAUGGCAAUUUCAUCCCCUACCAUCAGAUUGCCUUUUCCUCUCAAACCAAUGGAGAUUACAAUCUGGGAGCCGCCAAUAUCCCCUGUGAUCAGUGGGAAGACGAGAACAACCAUGAAUGGGCCAUGGUCACGGCACAAUCCACAUUCACCACCCGAGAUUUCUUUAUCGAAUAUGGAAUCCUCAUUGGAACGUUUUGUGUCAUGGGAGUCUUUGUCGCUGUCGUUGUGCGACAACGACUGGUAGGACUACAACCGGCACAGCAGCAGCACUUGAAUGAUAAGCAACAGGCACUCAUGAUACAACAACAGCAAUCGCCACCGUCAUCACCAUCAAACACGCAACAAACACCUCCAAGUCCCAAGGGAACGCCUGUAUAA